UCUUCAAUCCACUUUUUGGAUACUCCGAAACUUACCCCCCAGUCACAAUGGCAGUUUGUGCACCAGUCUAUAAAGAAGCUGGGGUGGAGUACAGUCCAGAGAGCAAGCCAGCAGGUCUGCAGUUCCCACAGAAAAAAGGGAAAACAGGUCCAGAUUACCUGAAAGAGGUUUUAGAUUGUGUGUCCAAAAAGAAUAGACACAAGAUAUUUGAAUUUAAAAAUACAGCUUGCACCAGAUGGAAGAUAGGACCCCUGGAAGACACCAUUUACAGUGAGAAGCCUGACGUAGUGAAUGGGUGGGGGAAAUUCUAUCUUCCUGAGAAAGUAAGCAUGCAGGUUGUAGGUGUAGUGGAGGGGACCUCCUGCCCAUCGGACCAGCUCGUUCUAAUGACCUGUGAGGACGGAGAGGUGUAUGCCUACGAUGGAGUGGAGCUACAUUGGGUGGCUUCAAACCUGCUGAAGCUACGUCAGAAGGGAAUAAUCUAUCCAGGAUCCAAGACAUACUACGAAGGGGAGGCCUUCAAAGACAUGACCAAGGAGGACUGCGAAGAAGUGCGGAACAGACCUACGGGGAAGAGGCUGGAACAAGAACAUCUUAAACUGGUGACAGAAAACAAGGACAGAUUUAUGGAAUAUCUCAAAGCCACAGCUGCAAUAAAAGCGACAAUGGAGUUUGAUCCAGUUGCGAAUAAAGAAGCUGGGGGGGAGUGCAGUCCGGAGAGCAAGUCAUUACAUCUGCUGUUUGGGAAAAAAGGGAGAAAAGGUCCAUAUUUCCUGAAAGAGGUUUUAGAUUGUGUGUCCAAAGAGAGACACGAGAUAUUUGAAUUAAAAAAACCAGCUGGCGCCAAAUUGAAGAUAGGACCCCUGGAAGACACCAUUUACAGAGGGAAGCCUGACGUAGUGGAUGAGUGGGGAGAAUUCUAUCUUCCUGAGAUAGUAAGCAUGCAGGUUGUAGGUGUAGUGGAGGGGACCUCCUGCCCAUGGGACCAGCUCGUUCUAAUGAUCUGUGAGGACGGAAAGCUGUUUGCCUACGAUGGAGAGGAGCUACAUUUGGUGGCUUCAAACAUGAAGCAGGUAGAUGAAAAGGGAAUACGCUAUCCAGGAUCCAAGAGAUACUACAAAGGGCAGGCCUUCAAAGACAAGACCGAGGAAGACUGGGAAGAAGUGUGGAAGAGCCCUACGGGGAAGAGGCUGGAUCAAGAACAUCUUGAACUGGUGACAGAAAACAAGGCCACAUUUAUGGAAUGUCUCAAAGCCACAGCUGCAAUAAAGGCCCGUCCCUCCCAGAAGCUCGUGACAAGCCCCUAGGUCCUUGCUUACUUGUUUAUUUAUUUAAAGGACAGUGCACAUUAAUCUACAUUGCUGUAAAUGAGCCAGUAUUAACCAGCAGGCGAAUUUUCAACUGUUGUCCUUGGCAAGAUGUUAAAUAACCACAACAAGACUAGAGAAAUAAAAACAUAAUUAAAUAGAAUACAACAGACAACAGCAGUACAACAAUAAAUAGCAGUACAACUGUUACGUUCCCUACUGGGCUAGGGGAACCAGAGGGAAGUAACAACAUAUGAAAUAACCGGGAGAGAGAAAAAAGGAGAGGAAACUGAGCUAUAAAGCCACAAAGUGAG